AUGAUGCGGGGCAUCACGCUGCUGCCCGCCGACGACGGGGGGCGCGGCGCGCUGCUGUGGCUGCUGGCCGCGGGGCUGCCCCGCGAGGAGAGCGGAAUGGUUGCCAUGGCGGCGCCCCGCUACGGCUCGCGCCCAGGCGACUUCGAGGUGCGCUCUGUGAGGAUGUGGACACGCACGUUGUGCCUGCCGUUGGGCGAUCCGCUUAGCCGUGAAGACCUCAUGGCCGUGAACGCGUGUCGACGAGCAUUGUUGGAGCUGCAGCGCCGCAGGCCUCACAGACUGGCGGGCGCGUGGCGGAGAGUUGGCGGCUCCACCGACUACUACAUCGAGUGCUUCGGCGCCGCCAGCAGCGAGGACGAGCGCCCCGAUAGCAAGGCCGACGUGCUGCUCGUGCGCGCCGAGGGCGCCGAGUUUACGCUGCACUGCACAGAGGGCCGAUCGUGCUCGCCUCCGUCGUAUUGGGAGGUCCGACCUGCGGCUGACCCCGCCCUGCGUGCAGCGGGCCCCGCGCCCAGCCACGUGGAGGAGACAUUGGACGGGGAAUUGCGCUGGAGCGACAAUACCACCUGGGCGCGGGCCGGCGGCGCUGGUCGCUCCCGGGCGGACGACUCGCAGGUGCCCCCUCUCGCGAGCUUCGGGUACCGCACGCUGGCCGACUUCGCAGACGCGGUGGGCAAGCUGCUGACGGCCACGGACCCGAGUGCGGCCGAGGCGGGGCCCCUCAGCAGCGCAGCGGGGAGGCGCUGGCCUGGCCGGCUGGUGCCGCUGCGCGCCCAGGCCGAGGGCGUCGGAGGAGCCCUCAAGCCGUUCGACCUCGACUCCGUCGAGCAGAAGGUGGGCGCCUUCCAGCGCAGGCUGACUGAGGCCGACGCCGAGGAGGCGGCCUCGGACGCGGAUUCCGAGACUGACAGCGGCGAGGAGGACAGCGACGACGAUCUGCCCGUGGACGUGACCCAGAGCAACAUGGACGAUGACUACGCGUUGGCACUGGCGGAGCGAGUGGAUUUUAGCCCGAGUGACGCCAGGGCGCUCAUCAUGGCCGAGAGCGGCUUCGGGAUGGCCCCAGAGGCUGUGUGCAUGCUGUGCGACAUGUCCACGGAGGAGGGCGCGAAGUUCACCAAGACGCAACUCAGCCGGCACCCCGACGACCGCAAGUGUGAGGACCCGGCAAGAGCGUUGUGUACUCCGAGGCGCGGCGCUGCGCGCCCGAGGGCUCCGCGGCCGCCGCGCCAGCCGCGCCCGCCGGGACCUCGGGCGCGACGGCGGCGAAUUUCGGGAUGGCGCCGAACGCAUCCACCUGCUCCAAGUGCAAGGUGCUGCUGA